AUGUCCGCGCGACGUAUUUGGCACUUAGGCAGCAAGCGGCUGAGCGGUGAAUCUCUGGGCAGUCGGAGCGUUAGAUAUUCAUACCGCGGUGGUGGUGAUGAUGAUCUCGAUGACAUAGCAGUUGUGAGCAACGCGGCGCCAGGUCAACUGAAGUAUGGAGCAGCUGGUGUCAACACAGCCAACGGUCCCAGGGUCGUACCAGGGAUCAUCACAUCCCGCCGUAUCAGCCUCUCUGGUUCACACCUCAACUCCGGCCUUCAGUCUCCCCCGCCGACUAGCGAGGUGCUCAGAAGCACGUCAGUCUCACGUCAGUCUCUACUCGACAUCGUCUCGUCGAAAAUUAGCGUCGGCAGUCGAAAACGUUUUUCCCGAGACUCUUUCUCGUCUUCGUACGUGAACAGAACGCGUAUCGCGUCCGAGACCGACGAGAGCAGAAGAACGAGAGAUGCGAGAAGAAAGGACAUUAGAAGUCGAUUUAAAAGCGAUAAGUGGGAGACCAGCACGGGAAGCUCAGAGAAAACUAGAGUACGGAAUGUGAGCUUUGUUUUCGACCCAGCGGGGAGACUUUGCUAUUAUUGGUCCGUUGUUGUAUCGUUAGCCUUCCUCUACAAUUUGUGGGUUAUGAUGUACAGAUUUGCCUUCCAAGAAAUCAAUGAUGAUACUAUGCUUAUAUGGUUCGGCUUCGACUAUUUUGCCGACUUUAUAUAUGUUCUAGAUAUUUGUUUUCAUUUCCGCACUGGGUAUUUAGAAGACGGAGUCUUACAAACAGACUCGAAGAAGUUAAGAACGCAUUAUAUGAAUUCAACAACUUUUUAUAUAGAUUGUUUAUGCUUGUUACCCUUAGACUUCUUAUAUCUUUCUCUAAAAUUUAUGUCAAUUCUAAGAUGCUUCCGUCUAGUGAAAAUAUACAAGUUUUGGCAUUUCUUAGACAGAACGGAGCGACAUACGAACUCUCCGAACUUGUUCCGCUCGAUCAUAUUGAUUCAUUACCUCCUAGUGACGUUCCACUGGAACGCUUGCGUGUUCUACAUCAUUGCCAAAAAGACCGACUGCGACAGCAUCUUCCAUUUAUGGAUAUCCGAACCAAACUCCACAUCACCCAACGAAACACAUCCACACCCUGCGAGCCACCAUAACACAACACACGUCGUCAACGCUGACAAUGACGUGAUGCUGGCUUACCUCAAAUCUUUUUACUGGUGCACCCUGGCCCUGACCACCAUCGGGGACCUACGUAAGCCUGAAUCAAAGUGCGGCUACAUCUUCCAGAACUUCGAGCUCAUGUUCGGGCUGCUGCUCUUCGCCACGGUGCUUGGUCACGUCGCCAACAUAGUCACUAAUGUGUCGGCCGCCAGGAAAGAGUUUCAAGCGAAGCUGGACGGCGUGAAGACAUACAUGCGCAUGAGGCGGGUGCCGCAGCACCUACAGGGGAAGGUCAUCAAAUGGUUCGACUACUUGUGGCUGACACAGAAGUGUUCUGACGAGGAGCGAGCUGUCAGCGGCCUGCCUGAUAAGCUGAAGGCAGAGAUAGCAAUCCACGUGCACCUGGACACGCUCAAGAGGGUCGAGAUCUUCCAGAACACAGAGGCGGGAUUCCUAUGCGAGCUCGUGCUCAAGCUCAGACCUGUACUAUUCUCGCCAGGCGACUACAUCUGUAGAAAAGGCGAGGUCGGCAAGGAGAUGUACAUAGUCAACAGAGGCAAGCUGGAGGUGGUGGCCGACAACGGCAAGACGAUGCUGGCUUCUCUGGUGGCAGGCUGCUACUUCGGCGAGAUAUCCAUCCUGAACAUGGGCACAGCUGGCAACCGUCGUACGGCGUCAGUGCGUUCAGUGGGCUACAGCGACCUGUUCGUGCUGUCGAAGCAGGCGAUGUGGGACGUUCUGAAGGAGUAUCCUGCCGCCAGGGUGCGUCUCGAGGCCAUUGCUGCCAAGAGGCUUGAGAAAUACAAGAAAGCGCCCCUCGAGAAAGAUCUUACACGCUCCCUACGGAACACCCUACAUGAUCACCCCCAACCAUCGAACAACCCCACACCUUCCCCCAUGCAUACUCUUGCCUCCCAGUCCACGAACCCUUCCUCCAGCACCGUCUUCCACCAUUCCAAAAAGACUGCAUGCUCCUCCCCGAUGCUUCCAUCUGUUCCACCUGCUCGAACCGCGAGAAGUAAGUCUCACCGUCCCCGCUCCGGUGCUUCGCCAGGCCACCACUUCCACCAUACGCCUGCUUUUACGCAGAUCCUCUCACCAAAUCCAUACGCUUUCCUGCAGCCUCGAGGUCCCAUGCAAAGCCCUAAUGCCUACGUACAACUCAGUCCCUCUGGGGCGCUCGCCGCCGGCCAGCAUCCAACAGCCGCGUUCGUCAUGCAAGAAGCGCAGUGUCAUGUCUCCCCGUACGCUUUGAUCUCUGCCCAAGGAACAAUUUUACACUCUGUGCCCUUCUCGGCCGUGCCCAUACAUCGUGCCAAUCUUACCGCACAUUUAUCUUCGGCAGUGCACGAACCUUCUUUCAAACAAGCUCCUACUUGCACCCUUCUUGCAGCCGCGGUUGGUAGAUCAGCUUCCACUCCCGGGCUGGUUGAGUCGUCCGGCAAAGUGGGUCUGGAGGAAAUGAUUCUUCCGCCCCCGUUGGCUCCCUUGCCUCAGCUUCCCCAGCGGUCUCCGGCGAGAGAUUUCCGAAAAUCCCCACAGUACAGCCCGGCACUAAGUCCUACCAUCAGCGGCCGACGUGACGCUGAAGGCUCGCGGUCACACCAGACUCUGGACUCUGAGCGCCACACCCUCGAGUCUGCCCUGAGUGACACGUCGUCUCGUCAGUCUACUGACGAAGAGAAGAGCAACACCGUCACCACGAACCACCACUACCUCCACCACACUCAUCACCCUCCUCCGCCUUCGUCAGCAAGAUCAGGCACGACGGCGAGCGUGGCGUCGUACGACAGUGCGGACAAAAGAUCGACCAUCACGUCACCCAGCAACGUCAUGUCGCCCCUCACGUCACCGAGCUACGCGACGGCUCACAUCGCCUACACGUUACCAGUGCCGCCCCCGCACCCGGGGGGCAUACACGUCGAGAUGCCCUGCACGGCGCCGUCAUCCUGCGACCACAGGAUGUCCAUCACCUCACUUCUUGCACCAAGCACUUUACUUCAAGGCUCGCACAGCGCCGGCGCGCUGCCCAGGGAGACCUCGACUCAAGACCUCCUACUGGAGGAGAUCCGACGUCUGAGGGAGCGUCUGGUGGGCCUCGAGGCCGAGAACGCCACCAUGUCCCUCAAGCUGAACCACCAGCAGUGGGCGGUCGAGAACAGACUUCAGGAAAUAGAAAUGCAGCUCUGCGGCACCUCCAGUGUCGCCUCCAGCAACGAAGACGAGAACGAACGCAAUAGAGAGUCCAUCAUAUAGCGUUUACCGCAGCCUGCUUGGACCGUCCAGCUCUGAGCAGUCGUUAGAACGUUUGCACACACUGAGUUAGAACAACGUUCGCAUACGCUGAGUUAGUGCAAUGUUCGCACACGCUGAGUUAGAACAACGUUCACACACGCUGAGUAAGAACAACGUUCGCACACGUUGAGUAAGAGCAACGUUCGCACACGCUGACUAAGAAAAACGUUUCUCAGUGAGAAGAACGUACGAUAACGUAUGCAGAACCUUAACAAGAACGUUUUCCAGCACAGAGUAGGGGUCAGAGCAACAUUUGAUAUAAUAAUUC